AUGAUAGAUACGAAAAGAAACUGGCAUGAUCCACGCUGUUUUUUCACCCAAAGUGACAUUUGCCGCCUGCCUAUUAAGAGCCCUCUUCGAGAAUGGGUGCUGUCCACGGAUAUUCGCCCCUCCAGGCGAGACAUUACACGCUCUAUUAAUAAUGGUACAAUCGGAGGUGAAAGCGGCCAUACGACCAGCUCCGCCAGAACCGGCCAUGCCAGGCUUGGGGUGAGAAAGUGGGAGAAGGAAGCCAUGAAAUCCUGUGGCGAAGGUCCGCCGCCGGCCGAAUCACAGAAUUCCCUCCCAAAGGCGGCACUGAAGCGGAGGUCACCGACCGCCGUCGGCUCCUCGACCUCUUGCCCUCGGUCGCCCUCGUGUGUGGACGGCUGCUCAACGUCCAUGGGCACGAGUCUGGUUACCGCCGGCCGGCUGGCCAAAGCGCCGGAACUCACGGGCGAAAUGGCGAUCCGAGGCCCUGGCCAGAUCGGCAGUGUUGAGGCCUCGAACGGACUCGAGGCUGGGCCGGCGAUGACGAGUCGGCGCGCCGAGUGGCACCAACGCCGCACGUCGAUCGGCACGAUGGUGGUUUCCAAUAUCGGGCCACAACGACGCCAAGCCCAGACUCGUGAGCUCGAGUCGGCCGAGGUACAGACGACCGUCAGGCCGUCAUGUCGCCCCGGGAGGCAGCAUUCACUCGCGGCCUUUGACACGGUAGCGCGUUCCGGUGAAGCCUGCCGACGACGGGAAUCGACGUCGCGAGGCCUCCCGGCUCUGCAGAAAGCCCGGAUGGAAUCGAGGAAGGCGUUUGCCUCACCGCUGAACCGAGGACCCAGAGCCUGCGAGCGAGGCCACAAGUCUCCUCUGCCAGCUCUGCCAGAACCGAUUUCCGUGGCUUGGUUGUACCCUUGCCAGGGGCCCCAGACAGCCGCCUCGAGAAAACAGGCCAAGCGAAGAGCAUUUCGGCCCGGAAGCUGCCCUUCUCUGUGGCAUGCUGUCGUCAUGGACGACGAGGAGACAGACGACGAGGAUAGGAUGGGGGCGAAAACUGGGACGAGGAAGAACAACAGUUCGCUGGAGAGCACUCACAGGCAACUUUUCGGUGGACAGAGGCGUAGAAACGGGGAGAAUGUGAACAUCUGUCGGGAUGCUGGCUACAGCGACAACUCGGAUGAUGUGAGCCCCAAAAGCUCAAAGGCUUCCGGUGGAAGUCCCUCCUCCUACCAAUUGAUCAGUGGUGACGAAUUCGCGAUCUCGUCAGAGCCGUCGAUCGGGUCGGCCUCAGAAAGCGCAUCGCCUAGCAUGAUCUCGAAAAUGAGACAAUCGACACAAUGCGGAUCUGAUCAAAUGUGCAUCGACUACGAAUACACUUCGCCGAAUGCAGAAGAGGUCAGUUGGAGGAGACUUCUUCCAUUCUAA